AUAUAUACAUGUGACUUCAACACCCUCACUAUAUUUAGACAUAUAUAGAUCUCUGUUUCUGUAUAGAGAGCUACUAGGUUCAUAAAAGACAAAUCUAAUUUAAAAAGAAAAAGAAGAUGGCGGAGACUCAAGGGAAGGUCAUCACUUGCAAAGCUGCGGUAGCAUGGGGACCAAAAGAGCCGCUUGUAAUACAAGAAAUAUGCGUCGACCCUCCUCAGAAAAUGGAAGUCCGGCUUCAAAUCCUUUAUUCCUCCAUUUGCCACACCGAUCUCGGAUUUUGGAACGGCACGAACGAAGCUGAAAGAGCAUUUCCAAGGAUUCUUGGCCAUGAAGCUGUCGGGAUUGUGGAGAGUGUAGGGGAAGGAGUAAAAGAUGUGAAAGAAGGAGACUAUGUGAUUCCGGCUUUUAAUGGAGAAUGUGGUGAAUGUAGAGUGUGUACGAAAGAAGAGAGCAAUCUCUGUGAGAAAUAUCAGGUGGAUCCAAUGAAGAGAGUGAUGGUGAGUGAUGGAGGGACGAGAUUCUCAACCACCACAACCAAGGACGGUGGUUCGAGCAAGAGCCAACGCAUUUAUCACUUCCUUAACACUUCCACCUUCACUGAAUACACUGUCUUGGACUCCGCAUGCGUCGUCAAGAUUGAUCCUAAUGCUCCUCUCAAGCAAAUGAGCCUCUUGAGCUGUGGUGUCUCCACUGGGGUGGGAGCAGCUUGGAACUCUGCAAAUGUGAAGGAAGGAACAACAACUGCUGUCUUUGGAUUGGGUUCUGUUGGACUCGCUGUGGCUGAAGGUGCAAGAGCAAGAGGGGCUUCUAGGAUCAUUGGUGUUGAUGCUAAUGCUUCCAAAUUUGAGAAAAGUAAACUAAUGGGAGUAACAGACUUCGUAAACCCUAAGGACUUAACUAAACCAGUUCAUCAGAUGAUACGAGAGAUAACGGGAGGAGGUGUGGACUAUAGCUUCGAAUGCACAGGAAACGUUGAUGUUCUUCGUGAAGCCUUUUUAUCCACUCACGUCGGUUGGGGAUCGACGGUGCUCGUAGGGAUAUAUCCGACGCCAAGAACAUUGCCUCUUCACCCGAUGGAGCUUUUCGAAGGCCGUAAAAUCACCGGUUCGGUUUUUGGUGGCUUCAAACCAAAAUCUCAACUUCCAAAUUUUGCUCAACAAUGCAUGAAAGGUGUAGUGAAAUUGGAACCUUUUAUUACGAAUGAGCUUCCAUUUGAGAAGAUCAACGAUGCGUUUCAGCUGCUUCGUGAUGGGAAGUCUCUUCGAUGUAUUCUCCAAAUCGCUAAAUUUCUAAAGAGAUGAUGAUGAUAUGAUCUAUCUAUACACAUUCCUAUGUAUAGAGAGUACUAUUCUCAUUCUACAAACACUUAUAUGUAUUGCAUUAUGUAUCCAUUAUUAUAUAUCUUACCUAUAUGCAUGGCUCUAAAAUUGCUUGAUAUGUA